AUGCGCAGCUACACUCUCCUCUCCCUUGGUGCUCUGGCAUCCGCCGCAACCAUUGACGUCAAUGUCGGUCAAAGUGGCCUUACCUAUUCUCCCGAUACAGUCCAGGCGGCCGUUGGCGACAUCGUCAACUUCCACUUCUACCCCGGCGAGCACGCCGUCACCCAAUCCACCUUUGACAGCCCAUGCCAACCGGUAUCGGGGAAUGCUAUCAACUCGGGUGUCAUCAACUCGAACUCUGGGCAGGCGAGUACCAUGUUCUCCAUGACGGUGAACUCGACCGACCCGAUCUGGCUCUACUGCGGUCAAGUUGGGCAUUGCGCUGCAGGAAUGGCCAUGGUCAUCAACGCACCAUCGAACGGCAACACUCUUGACGCCUACAAGCAAGCGGCCACCAGCCAAUCGGGCACCAUUCCAUCUGAUGUGUUUGGAGGUGUCAUCGUUGCCAACGUGGACAACGCGGGCUCCAGCAGCAGUUCCCCCGCUGGAUCCUCGUCUGCUACUACGUCUGCUGCCAGCACGACUGCUGCGACCUCGAGCAGCACUGCCUCGGCGUCCGCAUCACCGACCAGCAAUGCCGCAUCGUCCGGCUUUGGGGUCAUGGGUUUGGAGUGGUCGCUCGUGGGCACCUUGGUGGCUCCUGCCAUGGCGUACCUAUUCUCAUGA